AAGAAGUUCGAGUUCUUACAAGACUACAAGAACCCUUGUUUUCACCAAAGAUUGAGGAAUGGCUUCAACGACGUCCUCUGCUUGCCGUAUUUCCACUUGCUUGGCGUCGACAAGUGUGGCACCACUGAUCUCUUCGCCCGGAUCUUAGCCCACCCGGAGAUAGACGCUCAUGAUGGUCUUUCCGGGAAGGAGAUGUUCUACUGGAGCACAUUCCGAUAUGGGGACGGAACGCCUCUUGAUUUCUGGGAUUUUCGGGGCUGGACAAUUAUUCCCCAGAAUGAGGGUUUGGAGGAACCGGAAGUGCUAACCCCUCACUUGAUGAGCCACCUCUACAGAGACCCAAAGUUUAUUAUUUUGUUGAGGAACCCAACAGAACGAUUAUAUUCUGAUUACAUAUUCAUGGGAGACGGGUUGACUCCAGACACGUUCCACAAACACACUAUUGAGGCGCUGGAUCAGUUGGAGACGUGCUUCAGGAACAGAACAGUCCGAUGGUGCCUGUUUGAUCGUCGGAUGAAUCUGGCACUACCAACGCGGAUACACGUUGGGUGUUAUGCAGUCUUCUUGAAAGAAUGGUUGUCCGUUUUUCCCAGACAAAGUUUUCUCAUCCUGCGGACUGAAGAUUACAAAAGAAACAUCAAAGAUCACUUACACAAAGUGUUUCGCUUCCUCAACGUCACCAAACUGUCCGACGAUGAAAUUACGGAAAUAGCCGGGCGUGAACGGAAACACGUGACUAAGCAGAAAAAGACUGCCGGGCCAAUGAGAAAGGAUACCCGCAUUUUACUAGAUCGGUUCUACUUAACGUUCAACAAACAGCUUGCCGAGAUAUUGCAGGAAAGGAAAUAUCUUUGGAAGGAUGAAACAUAAAUUAAAACUGACUUUCGGAAGCUCAAG